AUGUUGCAAGAACGAUAUCGUGAAAGAGGUUUUAAAUGGUUUAAUGAAUUCAUGAUUGUAUUGCUUGUUGAGGAACAAAUUAGUGAACUUUUGUUGAAAAAUCAUAACCUUAGACCAACUUGGUCUUUAGCCACUCAUCAUGAGGCAAAUGCAACAAAUUCUUAUCAACCUGAGGCAAAUGCUACACGAAGAGGUGGACGUGGAAACUACAAUGGUCGUGGAAGAGGCCGUGGAAAUUAUUGUGGUCGUGGUAGAAACAAUUUUCUAAGAAACAGUAAUUUUAAAAAUUUUGAAAAACAGAAGGGGCAGUCAUUUGGAAGCCACAAACAAACUCCUUCGAAAGAAAAAGACACAUGUUACAGAUGUGGCAUGACAGGAGAUUGGGGAUGUACUUGUCGUACGGCCAAAUAUUUGGUAGACCUUUACCAGGUUUCUGUAAAAGGCAAAGAGAAUAAUGUAGAAGCAAAUUAUGUUAACAAAGAAAAUGCUCCUUGUCCCAGCCUUGACGUAUCUGAUUAUUUCAUAGAUAAUGCUGAAAUUAGAAAUGAUUUCAUUCUUGGAGAAAACAACAAUGCUUAA